UUUCCUCUCCUCUUAUUCUAUCUCUCUCUCCCUCCUGUUUUCCAUCUCUCAGUGCCCCCUCUGAUCCAACCCUUUGACUUCCCCCCCACCUCCAUUGGGAAGCUCAUGUACAUCGCCUGCGUGGUGUCGUCUGGCGACAUGCCCAUCCACAUCACCUGGCGUAAGGACGGCCAGGAGGUCGCGCCCUCGUCCGGCGUCAACAUCGAGACCAAGGAGUACAUGGGCUCGCUGCAGAUCGGCAAGGUGUCGCUCAAGCACAACGGCAACUACACCUGCAUCGCUAGCAACGACGCCGCCACCGUCAGCUCUGAGAGGCAGCUCACUGUCACAGUGCCUCCUCAGUUUGUGGUCCAGCCCAAUAACCAGGACGGGAUCUAUGGCAAGGUGGGGGUCCUCAACUGCUCCGUGGACGGAUACCCGCCUCCCAAAGUCAUGUGGAAGCACGCCAAAGGUAUAGGGAACCCCCAGCAGUAUCACCCAGUGCCUCUGACCGGUCGGAUCCAGAUCAUGGGGAACGGCUCCCUGCUGAUUCGUCACGUCCUGGAGGAGGACCGGGGCUACUACCUCUGUCAGGCCUCCAACGGCGUGGGCUCCGACAUCAGCAAGAGCAUGGUCCUGACGGUCAAGAUCCCGGCAAUGAUCACGUCGCACCCCAACACCACCAUGGCCAUUAAGGGCCAGAUUAAGGAGCUGAACUGCACGGCGAGGGGGGAAUGGCCUAUCAUCAUCCGUUGGGAGCGCGGUGACACGGUCAUCGACCCCGACCGUAACCCUCGCUACGCCAUCAACACCAGCCCCAACGAGAAGAGUGACGAAGUAUUGUCUACGCUGAAGCUGAAACCAGCAGAGCGAGGUGACUCGGUCUUCUUCUCCUGCCAUGCCAUCAACUCAUAUGGAGAGGGCCGGGGCCUCAUCCAGCUCACUGUGCAAGAGCCCCCAGACCCUCCAGAGUUGGAGGUGAGGGAGGUGAAGGAUCGGAGUAUGAACCUGCGCUGGACCCAGAGAUUUGACGGCAACAGCAUCAUCACCAGCUACGACAUUGAGUACAAGAACAAGACAGAUCCUUGGGAGUUGAAGCAUGCCACCCGUAAGAUCUCCCCCACCAAUAACCAGGCCAACAUCGUGGAUCUACACCCUGCCCAAAUCUACAGCAUCCGCAUGUUCUCCUACAACAAGAUCGGACACAGUCAAGCCAGCAAGGAGCUCACCAUCAGCACAGAGGAAGCACAGCCGGAUGGUCCUCCUGUGGAGGUUUUCCUCCUGCCUAUGACCUCGCAGAGCAUCCGCGUCACCUGGAAGGCCCCCAGGAAGGAGCUUCAGAACGGGGUGAUCCGGGGCUACCAGAUCGGUUACCGUGAGAACGGGCCUGGCAGUAACGGCCAGUACAGCAUCGUGGAGAUGAAGGCCACGGGGGACAGCGAGGUGUACACCCUGGACAACCUGAAGAAGUUUGCCCAGUAUGGGGUGGUGGUCCAGGCCUUCAACAGGGCCGGCACCGGCCCCUCCAGCUCUGAGAUCAACGCUACCACACUGGAAGAUGUGCCCAGCCAGCCGCCCCAGAACGUGCGGGCCAUCUCGGUGACAUCAGACGAGGCGGUAAUCACGUGGGCGGAGCCCCCGCGUCUGACGCUGCACGGCGUGCUGAAGGGCUACCGGGUGGUCUUCUGGUCCCUCUUCCCCGACGGAGAGUGGGGAGAGAUGCAGAACAUCACGACAACCCGGGAGCAGGUGGAGCUGAGAGGGCUGGAGAAGUUCACUAACUACAGUGUGCAGGUGCUGGCCUACACCCAGGCUGGGGAUGGGGUCAGGAGCAAUGUCCUGUACAUCCAGACCCGCGAGGACCCACCAGCUAAGAUCCUAUCGUUCGGAGGUACGGUGACCACUCCCUGGAUGAAGGAGGUGAGGCUACCCUGCAGCUCAGUGGGCGAACCCACCCCCACCAUCAAAUGGACCAAAGACAGUGAGGACACAGCCAUCCCGGUAACUCUGGACGGUCAGAGGCUCAUCAUGGCCAAUGGCACGCUGGUCCUGCGCUCGGUGAAAGCUGAGGAUUCUGGGUACUACACGUGCACGGCCACCAACACGCUGGGCUUUGACACCAUCAUUGUCAACCUGCUGGUGCAAGUUCCUCCGGACCAGCCCCGUCUGACUGUUUCCACCACCUCCUCCACCUCUAUCACCCUGGCCUGGAUCCCCGGGGACAACGGAGGAUCCUCCAUCAGAGGUUUCGUGCUGCAGUACUCGGUGGACAACAUAGAGGGGUGGAGGGAUGUGUUCAUCAGUUCCAGUGAGAGGUCCUUCAAGCUGGACAACCUGCGCUGUGGCACCUGGUACAAGGUCAAACUGGCCGCCAAGAACAGCGUGGGAGCCGGACGCAUCAGUGAAAUCAUCGAGGCUAAGACCCACGGACGAGAGCCCCAGUUCAAUAAGGACCAUCCGGUGUUCACCCACGUCAACUCUACCCACGCCCGGCUCAACCUGCAGGGCUGGGCGAGCGGUGGCUGCCCCAUCACGGCCGUACUGCUGGAAUUCAGACCUAAGGGGAACUGGGCGUGGCAGAACGUUCGCACCAACGCCACCGCCGACGUGUUCCUGGCUGAGCUCCGCGAGGCCACCUGGUACGAGCUGAAGAUGAAGGCGUGUAACAGCGCCGGCUGCGGGAACCAGAGCUCUCAGUUCGCCACGCUGGACUACGACGGCAGUGAGUAGAAGCUGGUUUGUUUUCUCUGGCCUGUGUGGCCCAGUGGUUAGUAUCGCUGAGUCUAGCACACGUACCAGCGGCAGCACGGGUUCGAAUCGCCAUCUUCUGACUCGCAAUCUUUCCUGUCUCCUCUUCACUGUCGUAUCUCA